AUGCUGCCACUUACCUCUCCGUUUGAGUCGUCGCUGUUACAGGAGCGGUCACCAUCUCGGAAUCUGAUCCAACGUGACAACAUCCUCCCCGAGAACCCUCCCUUGGACGAGCCCUUGCUUGCUGUGCAAAUUGGGGGCAUUGUAGGAGCAUACGUGAUCUUCGUUGCCAUCGUUUUGACCCUGCUUCUCGUGGUCGGCCGCCGUCUUCGCAGAACAGUCCAGGCGUCCAACUACACGCUACAGGUGGAAAUGAUGAAGCCAAAGGGGCCCAUCGCUGCCCAGUCGGCUGCACCCUCCAUGGAUCCAAGCCCCAUCACCCCGACUAACAAGUCGCACGGCUUCAGAUCUUGGACGAGUUUUACCAAAGGAGGUCAUUCUCACUCUCGUUCUAAUAAUAGCAGCGUGGGCACUAUCGAUCACGAAUCUGUUGUUGCCGCCGACCGUCGCAGGGCCCAGGAUCAGAUGGAAAUGCUCUACGCUGCAGUCAUGGAGCACGAUGAGCAGCGUGCUGCUGCCUCAACUUCUCCUAUAAGCCCUUCAGACGAUGUAAGCUUGCAAGAGCUUUCACCGCGGUCUCCCGUGAGCUACCAGAGUGCAAACCCGUUCUCCGACUAUGCCCCUCGGGUCCCUGAACCAGAGCCAUACCAGCAUCAUUACCAGCAACAGUAUCCUCCGCCAGCGCCGGCACCAGCGGCAUUCCCAGCUGCAUUCCCGGCGCCGGUAGCCGCAGCACAUACGGCCGCUGCUCCACCCCCUGCGAGCCCUGGAGGCCGCUCAACAACAUCCCGCUUUUCGCGGGUCUCAAACCUCUCCCUCUUCCACUCCAAUCGUGACUCAAACGCUGGCCCUCAGUCGCCAAACGCAAGCAAACUCCGCUCACCUCGUUUUCCCGUGCGCAAACUCGGCAUCUCCUCCCCGCUUGCCUCACCAGACCCUAAAACACCAACCCCGGAUCAAGUGCCCCUCUCCCCACGCUUUUACAACCCCGCUCCCCCACCAAUGCCUCCAGGCGUCACCCGCACCAAUACCAACAACACAACCACCUCGCGCGGCUCAAACGAACGCCGCAACCCUCCUCCUGCUCUUAACCUCCAAGCUGCAUCACCCGGCGGGCCCGGAAACAGCGCUUCUUCCCUUCCCUUCCGUGACGCAUACCCGCAACUUCUCAGUGCUCCACCCACAAAAACAACCAUCCUCGAGCGCCCAGAGAAGCAGAUUAACGGGCCCCGAACGGGAUUGCCGACUCCAUAUAGCCCGUACAUGCCGUUUACACCAUUGACACCGCUCACGCCGAGCCGGAUUGUGACGAAGAAGCAGCGCAAGCGGGCGGGUAAGGAAAAUGGGCUUAGGGCUGUGAAUGAGGAGGACGCAGUUAGAGAUGAGAAUGAUAUGUGGGGGUAUUAA